AUGUCGUGUCCCACCAGGAAACGUCGUUCCCGUAAGAUUGCUGUUGAACAAUCGCUGUCUUCUGAAGAAGAAAAGCCAUCAUCACCUUCGUCCGAUCAAUACUAUGAAUUCUGGAUGCUUGACCGUUGGAUGUAUCGGUGGUUUAAUACAAAAAAUCCUCACAAAAUGAAAAUUGAGCACCCAAGCAUCCAGAGCUGGUGA